AUGUCUGGUCUAAAGAUAUCGGAUCCAAGCAAAUUGCAUCUCAAGAGAGAGCUGACUCAAAUCAGGAAAGUCUCCAAGUGUCUACGCGAUCCAGGAACCUCUUCUUCCUGGAAAUCCCCUCUCACUUCCUCCAGAUCCGUCCCUGUGGAAGACCUUCCGCAAAGCAACAACAACAGCGUCGAGCUUCUUCCGUCUCGAGUUGAGAGUAGUCAAGGCUUUGGCAACAACGUGAAGGACAAGAAGGAGAAGAAAGUGUUUCUUUAUAAUUGGAAGUCUCAGAAAACUUCAAGCGACAAGAACAGUACUGAAGAUGACGAUUAUGAUGAUUUGAGUGAUGCGAGGAACGGUGGAGAUUCUAUGAUGAUGAUGUCCAGGUCCAGAGACAAGACUCUAGUGUCGUCACCAGGCUUCUCAAAGAUUAGAAACAGCGGUUUUAUCAAGAAAAAAAGUAAGUUCUUGUCUCGAUAUCAUCAACCUAAAGAAGCAACAACAUCAGGUGAAGAAACAACAGAGGAUUUUAGCAAUUCAGAGACUCUCACUCAAAUGUUGAAGCUUAACCACAAGAAAAACUGGUCACACUCUUCUUCUUCUUAUAAGUUCUUAAGAACUUCAAGUAAGAGAGAUGACUCUUCUUAUACUUGUAAUAGCACACCUGCAUUGUCCACUACCUCAUACAAGAACAUGUAUGCUAUCCGUAGCCCCAGCACGGUGGGAUCUUUGGAUGAUGAUGAUAACUUGGAUGUUACAGGGAGACAACAAGGCUGUGGGAUUCCUUUUUACAGAACCAAAAGGAGGAAUCUGAAGCAUAGAGGUGGAUGUAGGAGUUGUUGUUCGCCUUCCUUUUCGGAUACUCUUAGAAGGAAAGGAAGUAGCAUCUUAUGUGGUGGGAGUCACUAUCGUAGACAUUCUUCUGGGAGAUGUAAUAAGAAGCUGAGUGUUGUACCUUUGCUUAAAUACGGUGGUGAUACUAGAGGAGGGAUUGUGUGUAGUGAUGAUGAUGAUGAUGAUCUUUCUACUGAUUUUGGAGAGCUUGAUUUAGAGUCUCGGAGUAGAUUAGAUGGGAGAAGAUGGUCCACUAGUUGUAGGAGUCAGUGUGAAGAAGAAGGAAGUACACCGGAAAAUAUGCAGAGCUUGAGUAGAAAGUACAAACCAAUGUUCUUUGAUGAACUUAUUGGUCAGAGUACUGUUGUUGAGUCGCUGAUGAACGCUUUGAAGAAGGGUAGAAUAGCUAAUGUGUAUCUAUUCCAAGGUCCUAGAGGAACUGGGAAGACAUCCACUGCGAGAAUCUUCUCGGCCGCCUUGAACUGUGAUAUGGUGAGUGAAGAAAUGAAGCCCUGUGGGUACUGUAAAGAGUGUAGUGAGUUCAUGUCAGGGAAGAGUAGGGAUUUGUUGGAGCUUGAUGCUGCUAAGGAGAAUGGAGCUGAGAGAGUUAGGUACGUUUUGAAAAAGUUGCUGAGUUUGGUGGCUCCACAGAGUUCACCAAGAUACAAGGUUUUUGUGAUUGAUGAGUGUCACUUGUUGCCGUCUAAGACUUGGCUGUUGUUACUCAAGUUUCUUGAGAAGCCUCUGCAGAAAGUGGUGUUCAUAUGUGUAACGACUGAACUUGGCAAUGUUCCUCGGACGAUCCAGUCAAAGUGCCAGAAGUUACUCUUCAACAAACUCAAGGAUGGUGACAUUGUUGUGAGGUUAAAGAAAAUUGCUUCAGAUGAAAAUCUUGACGUGGAGUCUCAGGCGUUGAACUUGAUUGCUUUGAAUGCUGAUGGCUCACUUAAAGAUGCUGAAACCAUGUUGGAUCAGCUGUGUUUGAUGGGGAAGAGAAUCACUGUUGAUCUUGUAAAUGAGCUAUGUUUGUGGCAGGUGGGUGUUGUUUCAGAUGAUAAAUUGCUUGACCUCUUGGAGUUGGCUUUAUCUUCUGACACUGCAGAGACGGUGAAGAAAGCGAGAGAGUUACUGGACUUAGGAGCUGACCCAAUUCUCAUGAUGUCUCAACUAGCUAGCCUUAUCAUGGAUAUCAUUGCUGGAGCGUACAAGGCCUUGGAUGAAAAAUACAGUGACGCCUUCCUUGAUGGACGGAACUUGAGUGAAGCAGAGAUGGAGAGGCUAAAGCAUGCUUUGAAGAUUCUUUCUGAGGCUGAGAAGCAGCUUCGAGUUACCACUGAUCGUUCAACAUGGUUCAUAGCUACCUUGCUGCAGCUUGGUCUGAUGCCUUCUCCUGGAACCACUCAUACCAGUAGCAGUAGACGGCAAAGCUCUAUAGCAACUGGAGAAAACCAGUCAAGCAUUUCAAGAGAAGUUAUUGCUUACAAACAAAGAUCAAACCUUCAAUGUAGCAACUCAGCAUCCCCAGCUUCAAUCAGAAAAGGCGAAAAUACUAUUCAUGAAGUGAAAUCUUCCUCUUCAUCCAGCGAAGUUAUAGAGAAUGACGCUUCCAUUUCAGAGAAACUAAAUGAUAUCUGGAUGAAGUGUGUAGAUAGAUGCCAUUCAAAGACAUUGAAGCAGCUGCUAUAUUCUCAUGGGAGGCUUUUAUCUAUCAGUGAAGUUAAAGGUAUUCUAGUUGCUUAUAUUGCAUUUGGAGACAGAGAGAUCAAACUGAGAGCUGAAGGGUUCGUUAGAAGUAUCACAAACUCGAUUGAGACUGUACUAAGGAGAAACGUUGAGGUGAGGAUGAUCCUCUUGUCUGAAACUGAGUUACUCAACUCCAAGCAGAUAAGAGAAACAGCAGUGGCAGCUAGUUCAGAUACUGAAAGUGGGUAUGAGGUUCCAAUGAAAAGGAUUGAAACUAUCAUCCAAGAACAGAGAUUAGAAUCUGAAAGACUACAGAAGACUCCUGAUUCACAAGGACGGUUAAAACCCGAGAGGAAUCAAGUUUCACCUCAGGAAGACACCAACUGUCAUCAUCACCAACCAAACACUGGUUCUGCAGUUUCUUCUGGACUAAACAAUGAAGUGUUGAAGAUUUGCAAAAUGGAUGAGGCUCAGGAGAAUCAGACCGGUAAAAGAAUGGAGCAUUGUCCUGUUUCACCGAGUUUACUCCACGGUAGUAACUUCACAAACAACAAAGACAAUCUAGGAUAUGAGUCAGAAACAGGAAGAGGAGUUUGCAGUCUGCUUUUCUGUUGGAACUCACAGAAGUCUCCAAGAAGAAGCAAGAUCAAAGGGACGUCUGUGCGGUCACGAAGAAGUCAAAAGAGAAGAUUCUUGUUGUUCAGUGGAUGUGCUAAGCUAAGGAAGUGAGAAAAGGUUAGAAGAAAAUAUUCAAGAGCCAAGAAAUCUCACUUCUCAAAAUUGGAUUAUUCAUGAAAGUAAAAUUGGUUUAAUUCGUUGUAAUUUAAGUGUAUUAUAAUUACUUUUUAUGAAAAUAAUAGGAGAAUUACAGUAACUCAAUGUUAAAACUGAAUUUGAUAGCAAAUAAUGAAAAAC